UCUAAGAACUCCAUAGGGUAGACAAUUUGGGUUUGGGAUAUUCCGACCCAUGUACCAUGAUACCAAAAGCAGGCGACAGCCAGCAACUUUUUUCCAAAGCUUCAUUAGAGAAAGAAUUGGGAACUUUAGGUUUAGCAGAGAUGGAGAUAGAAGUGGGGUUGCUAGAAGAAAAGAAAAAAAGAAGUUUCCUGGUGAGAAAAAGAUGGGAUUCUUGAAGCAGAGCAUCGAGUUUUACUCAUGAAUUACCAAAAAGAAAAAAAAGAUGUACUAUAAUAUUUUCAAAAACUUCAUUUUGGGCACUAUCAACAAAUUCAAAUGUUUUCUUGCUUGAGUUUUCCUUGAUUUAGGCAUAUUUAUGGCACCGCAGAGCCAGGAGAAACUCGGGUCAAUGGCUGAGUCGAAAGCUCAGUUCUUUCUGAUGAUUUUGAAUCUUGUCUUAUUUGGAGCCCUGACGUCGUUAGCCUCGUUGCUCUCCAUUUGCCUUUCAAUGGACUUAUGGACCUGACUUGAACUCCGAAAAAAAGGAUUGGGCAAAUUGGGAUCCGCUGCCUCAUGGUCUGGAAAGUUGACCUUCAUGGCGGCUUUGACAGUCUCAUUGACGAACGAGCAACCACCGCUGCAAAGUUCUCUUCUUCAGUUUGUUUCCAACAGAAGGGGAUUUGGUCAACUCUCUGUGGAUUAUGCUGACCUGUUUUAUUCGUCACCAGCAUAUAAUAUCUAAUUUCAACUUAAACUUACACAUCAAAAUGAAGGUCAACUUUAUGAUUGCAUAUUUUAUUUUCAUUAGAUGUUGAUCUAUCUAAAGACUGCUUCCAAGCUUGGAAAUGGUGUAAAACCUAAAGCAAAAUACGUGCUAUUAGUUUACCUGUAUGUUUCAGCCGACCAACCAACCAUCCCUCUGCCGCCCUGGUUAAUACCCAUUAAAAAUUCGACAUACAGGCUUCUUAAGACUAAUUUUCGGUUCCAUAUAUUUUGCCAGAACCAUUUUGGCACAACCUACGCCGGCAAUGGGUUCUUUCUCUGUCAUUUCUCUUUUUACCCUCUCCUUAUUUUGUUGUAGAUCCCUGAUACAAGCUCAGCAGCCUUAUGUUGGAUUAAAAGCAACAGAUUGUACAAAUCCAGAUACUUCAGAUUCGGUUCUUGGAUACACUUGUAAUGGCUUAAACAGGAGUUGCCAAGCAUAUCUGGUUUUCAGAUCCCAACCCUUAUUUAAUACUGUUACAUCAAUUUCCAAUCUCUUGUCUUCGGAUCCAUUUCAAAUUGCUGAGAUAAAUGAGGUUUCUGAGACUGCAACAUUCGAAACAAAUCAGUUGGUUAUAGUUCCUGUCAACUGCUUAUGUUCUGGUGAUCACUAUCAGGAAAACACAACUUAUUCUAUUCAGAGUGGAGACGGCUAUUUAUCUGUUGCAAAUAACACCUUUCAAGCCCUCUCAACCUGUCAAGCUAUACAGAAUCAGCAGCCUGGCAUUCGCUCCGAAAAUUUGACCAUUGGAUUAAGAAUUACGGUUCCUCUUAGAUGUGCUUGUCCCACAAAGAAUCAAACUGACGAAGGAAUUAAUUAUCUGUUGAGCUACCCAAUUGCUCAAGGUGAUACUGUUUCAGGUAUUUGUGAGAUGUUUGGGGCGGAUACUGAGAGGACUCUUGAAGCCAAUCAGCUUCCUGAUCCCACCAUUUUUUUCUUCACUUCACUUUUGGUUCCCCUCCAGCACCCACCGUCUAAAAUCACUGUGCCUUCUCCACCUCCACCUCCACCUCCACCCCCACCUCCACCCAUAAAUUCUCCCCCCAGUGGAAGCUCCAACAAAACAUGGAUUUAUGUACUUGUUGGUGUUCUUGGGGGAGGUGCUCUCAUAUUGGUUGUUGGCACAGUUAUUUUCUGUGUGUUCUCCCGUAAAAGCAAGAAGAAACCUGAUUUGAUCAUCACAUCAGAAAGUUGUGAGACUCGUGGAAAACCAUCGAAGAAAAAGUUGGGGGAUGAAUCUCAGGACUUGGAUAGUAUGUCAAAUAUAGCUCAAUCUCUCAAUCUCAAAGUUUACAAAUUUGAAGAAUUGCGGCUUGCGACAGAUAACUUCGGCCCCAGCUGUCAGAUUAAAGGAUCAGUUUACCUUGGUGUAAUUAAGGAUGAUUUUGCUGCCAUUAAGAAAGUACAUGGAGAUGUGUCAAAGGAGAUAGAACUGUUGAACAAGGUCAACCAUUCAAAUCUUAUUCGCCUUUCAGGAGUUUGUUUCCAUGAUGGGAAUUGGUAUCUGGUUUGCGAGUAUGCUGCCAAUGGAGCAUUGAGCGACUGGAUCUUUCACAACAACAACAGUGGAAAGUACUUGAGCUGGAAACAGAGAAUUCAGAUUGCAUUAGAUGCAGCCACAGGACUUAACUACCUCCAUAGCUUUAGCAAUCCUCCUCAUGUCCACAAGGACUUAAAAAGCAGUAAUGUUCUUCUUGAUGGUGAUUUCAGGGCUAAGAUUGCAAACUUUGCUCCAGCAAGGUCAACGGAAGGGCUGGAGGGCCAAUUUGCCUUGACUAAGCACAUUGUUGGGACAAGGGGCUACAUGGCUCCUGAGUAUUUGGAAAAUGGUUUAAUCUCCACCAAGCUUGAUGUUUAUGCAUUUGGGGUUCUCUUGCUGGAAGUAAUAACCGGGAAAGAGGCUGCUGCAUUCUAUGGUGAGGAAUAUAAGGACUUAUCAGACAUCCUAAGGCAUGUGCUUGAUGAGAAAGAUGGACAGGAGGGUUUGAAGCACUUGACUGACUUCUGUAUCCUAGAGAACUAUCCUUCAGAACUUGCCAUUGUUGUAGUCAAACUGAUAAAUAGUUGCUUAAAAAAAGAUCCAACAGCUCGCCCAGCUAUGGACGAAAUUGUGCAAUCUCUGUCAAGAAUUCUGACUACUUCAUUGGCAUGGGAUUCAUCAAGCAACAUGCUAUCGUCUCAAACAUCCUCUGGGAACUAUUGAUGACACCAUGACUGAAAUGGAACCUUAUUUAGUUUUAGUGAGUUUUUAGCGUUUAUUUAUUAAGUUUUUUUUUUUUUGCAAGGUUUAUAGCCUUAUCUCCCUAUCCCUCUUUCCCUCUAUUUAGA